AAAAUUUGACAAAACCCUCUUAAAACCCCCUCUCCUCGUCUGUAUUCAUUUCUCAGCAAAACAGCAAAAGAGAGCAACAACCCCUGAAACCAGAGCAAUGGGGUUCAUCACCACCCUCAUCUCCCGAGCCACCACCACCACCACCACGAACCCGCGCCUCCUGUCCCAGCGGCGAACCAUAUUCGACGGCACCUUCCAACUCGUCCGAGACCGAGGCCUCGACCACGCCGUAGAGAGGGAGAAGAAUCUGAAGCCAUUAAUAGACCUCAAAAACCUCAUCAAGCUCGAACCUUCCAAGUCCCUCCCAGCUUCCCUCAUCAGAGACUCCAUCGAUCUCCCCUUCCGCCCCAUCGAGUUCAUCCGCAAGUACCCCACCGUCUUCGAAGAGUUUCUCGCCGGCGGCCUCCAACCCCACAUCAAGCUCACACCGGAAGUGCUCGACCUCGACGCCGAGGAGCAGUUAACGUUCCACAGCGACAUUGUCAAGCAACAAGCUGCGGAUCGCCUUCUUAAGCUCUUGAUGAUUUCAAGGAUCCAUAAAAUCCCCUUAGGAGUCAUUGAACGCUUGAAAUGGGACCUCGGUCUUCCCCAUGAUUAUGUCGAAAGCGUUGUUCCUGAGUUCCCGGAUUACUUCCGGGUGCGGGACGAUGAUGUUUUGGAGCUUGUUUGCUGGAGUGAUGAGCUUGCUGUUUCGGUUUUGGAGAAGAAGUGUAUGGGGAAGGGUAAGGAAGUGGCGUUUCCGGUGCAGUUUUCGAGCGGGUUUGAGAUGGAUAAGAAGUAUGAGAAGUGGUUGAAAGAGUGGAACAAGUUGCCUUAUGUGUCCCCGUAUGAGAAUGCGGCUCAUCUUCCGGCUUCAAGUGAUGAGUCUGAUAGGUGGGUUGUUGGUGUUUUGCAUGAGAUUCUUCAUGUUUUGGUUCCGAAGAAGACCGAGAGGGAUAAUGUGUUUGUGCUUGGGGAGUUGCUGGGUUUGAGGUCGAGGUUUAAGAGGGCACUUUUGCAGCAUCCGGGUAUCUUUUAUCUGUCUAGUAAGAUUGGGACCUAUACAGUGGUUUUGAGGGAGGGUUAUAAGAGGGGUUCGUUGAUUGAGGAUCAUCCUGUGAUGCAAUUGAGGGGGAAGUAUGUGCAUCUCAUGAAUACUGUUAAGGAGGAAAGCAAAGAAGGUAAGGUGGCUCAGGGUAAAAGCAGCAAAAAAGAGGGCAAUGUGGCCGGGCAUGAACGGAAAGUAGGAGAGGAAGAGGGUGGUGAUGAGCACAGUGGGGAGGAACAGAAAGGGGAGAGGUUUGAGGACGAAGUUGAGGAUGCUAGUGAAUCUGCCUUUGAUGAUGAUAGUGAUGAUGAUGAAGAGAAAGAAGAAGAGCGGUCUCCAAGAGGUAGUCAUGGAAUUGCUGGCAAAAGAAGGGGCAGAGACUCAGGGAAAGUGAAUUUAAAUGCUGAUAAGCCUUUGAGAGAAGGUUGGGGAGAACGUUCAUCUGGAAAGCCUUGGCAGAGGAAUGUGGAGAGAAAUAGGUCAGGAGUUUCAGAAAGAACACAAACACGAGGUGAAUAUAAAGAUGUUGAGAGUUCGGCUUGGAAGCCUAGGCAGAAGACUGCGGAAAGAAAUAGGUCAGGAGUUUCUGAAAGAACACAAAUGCAAGGUGGAUAUAAAGAUGUUGAGAAUUCGGCUUGGAAACCUAGGCAGAGGACUGGCGAAAGAAAUAGGUCAGGAGUUUCUGAAAGAACACAAAUGCGAGGUGGAUAUAAAGAUGUUGAGCAUUCAGCUUGGAAGCCUAGGCAGAGGAGCGCGGAGAGAAAUAGGUCAGGAGUUUCUGAAAGAACACAAACUCGAGGUGGAUAUAAAGAUGUUGAAAAUUCAGCUUGGAAGCCUAAGCAGAGGAGCGGGGAGAGAAAUAGGUCAGGAACUUCUGAAAGAACACAAAUGCAAGGUGGAAAUAAAGAUGUUGAGCAUUCAGCUUGGAAGCCUAGGCAGAGGACCGGGGAGAGGAAUAGGUCUGAAGUUUCUGAAAGAACACCAAUCCGAGGUGGAUAUAAAGAUGUUGAGAGUUCACAACAGAAACCAAGAUCCUCUAAAGGCCCAGGAAGGCCAUCAGCUAGCAAGAAAACCCCUGUUUUGUAAAGAUUUGCAACCAAGUCAGAUGCAGGAGUGUUCUCCCAUAUUUUGCACUUGCUCAAGGGGACUUCAGAUGUUCUCUUCCACUGAGCUGUUAUUGUUAUUCAAGGACAACACUAACCAUUCAAGGUUGCACAUCAAGCUACUUGUUAGAAAUCACAUGGAUUUCUUCAAUGGGAUCCCAAACAUAGCAAGAAGGAGAAUAGGAAAAUUGAUUCCAAUAUUCAUUCAUUAUUAAAAUUGAUAAUGGAAAAAUACAAUGUGUAUGCUAUUUAUAGCACAACUUCCUAACUAACUAUAAUGGAAAAAUACAAUGUGUAUGCUAUUUAUAGCACAACUUCCUAA